UACCAGGUUCCGCUAGUGGCGGUGUUGUAGUUGUGAGGUUGGUCCUUUGACUUAAACAGUUCUUAAAGCAUUUUGCGCAAAGUUUACCACCAAAACGCAUUUUAAGCACAAGAAAAGUGAAACGCACACACCCAAAUAGGGUGGGAAUGAUGUACAGAAACUCCCCUCAUUCUUACGUACAAAGCCAUCUAUCGCGUUGCGAAUAAUUAGAUAUGAAUGCUGUGAGUUUUUAGAGGUUUGUAGCCAUCCACUACUAUUAAACACUUGUAACUGUAAACUCGGGGAUGUUUUUCGAAUAGCUCAGAAAAGCUAGCUAAGAUCUCCAGCCUUUGUUUGAAUCUCGGUAGCACUUACGAACUCUUGUAAAGUUGAUGGCAAGUAAUAAAUAAUAAUGGUUGUCUUGAAUAAUUUUGCCAUUACAAUCAUUUUUGGACGAAAUAUGAUGAUUGUAUCUCAUAAAAAAGCAGCCAAGAUAUGUAAGCUUAUAACUGACUUAGAAUUCCUUUUAUUUCAGGUUUGCCGUCAGGCUGGGUAUUUCAAACAUGCCGUGUACUUGGCUGAAAAAUAUGAUCAACAUGAUUUGUAAGUGCUGCGUAGAAAAAUCGAACUCUUAGUUCUUAACGCAAAACAUCAGCCAAAAGUCAGGCUUUAAAAAGCAUCUGAAGAAUAUAGCGUGUCUUCAAUUUAACUCUAUUUUGUUCCAACACAGAUACACGUUUUAGGACCGCAUUUUUGCGUGGUCACGAGGUACCAUGAAAAAGUGUCAUGUUUCUAGACGAAAGCGGUUUUUAUGAGAAACCGUGGGUACUGAGUAUUAUCAGAUUUGUUGUUCCAAUUUAACAGUUGACAUCAAGAAUCAACAAUUCUUAAAGGCAUGUAUUGGAUCGAAUGUGAAUUUUGAAGUGAAACCUCCAUGGCAGCACUGUUGCAUGGUGUGUUGGGGUUUUUCACUGUUUUACAAAGCAAACUUUGGGGUUUUUUGUACCUUGGCGUUGACCUCUCUUAAAAAUCAUAUGGUUAAUGUUUUAUUUGCAGAUACUUAAAGAUUCAACUGGAGGAUCUCAAAGAUUAUCAAAGGGCUUUGUCGUACAUUGGAAAACUAGAUUUUUAUGAGGUACAUUUGCGCCCCGGGGGGGGGGGGGGGGCNCGAAGAAACACAGAAUUACGCGAAGAGUAACAGAAAUCAAAUUUUCUCUUUACCUUUGUUUGUUAUGUCUUUAUAUCAUUAAAACUCAUUGCAUGUCGUAUUUGUGUGCUUUUAAGUGGUCUCUGUUAGGGGUCAAAAUUUGCUCAAGCCACGCCCAGAUUGGUGUCCUUUAGGGAUCACAAAAAGCUUGAGCCACGCCCAGAUGGUCUCCUUUAGGGGUUAAAUUCAAAAUUUCCGACGAGCAUCCCCGUCUGUUUCAUAUGGGAGUCCCCACCCCCCGGGCAUUUGCGUUCCGCGCAAAAUAAGUUCUGGAGGUAGCACAUGUCACCACAGAUAAGGACAGACGCUCGAAGGCUAUGUUCACACUAUACCGGGUAGUUUUUGCGCCGGCACGGAAACCAUACCGAGAAUGGCUUCUGUUCAAAUAUGGAAACGGUGAUUUCGGAGCGAUUUCUGUAACGGAGCGAAGCUGCGCCCCGAUCAUGAGUCACAUAUCGGAUACUAGUUGUUCAUACUAUACAGGAUAGUUUUUGCGCCGGCACGAAAACCAUACUGAGAAGGGCUUCUAUUCACACAUGAGAACGGUGAUUUUGGCGCGAAUUUCUGUGACGGAGAGAAUCUGCGCCACCCCGAUCUCUAAAGUGAAGAGUCACAUAUCGGAUCUAGGUGUUCACACUACACAGCAUAGCUUUCUGUGUCGACGAGAAAAUGUAUCCCGUUUAGUUUGAACAUAGCCCUGGUAUUCAAACCUGUGCCAUUGUUUAUGGUGCAAGAAGAAAAGGACUGUCCUCUACUGGCAGUGAAACUGUUCCAAUGAAUCCCAUAAAAUGGCCAUGAAUUGGCUCGGGAACCACACAGGAUGAGAAGGGACACACAAGUUAAGUUUGGUUAGCCGAUCUUAUUUUAAUCCUUUCACCCAUUUGCAGGUCAUCGGCAGGAACAAUCGUUUUUUUCCACACAAAUGCUUUGUUUUUCAAAAGCAACAAUGCCGAUGCUCAAAUUUCGAGCGUGGUCUACCUGUGGUUGGUCCACCCCCCUCCGCCCUUUCCCCAAGUCUGGUACCCAGUCGCUGGCGAAUGAACCAACAAGUUGUAAGGUGAACCGGUAUGUUUUACUUUCCAGGCCGAAGACAAUAUGAAAAAGUAUGGUAAGAGCCUCGUGAAUGCUGUCCCAGAUGAAGCAACCAAGCUAUUAAAAGUCCUUUGUACAGAUUACAGACCCCAGCGCCUGCUGGAACGUAAGUGAAACUCAGAACAUUUUGUCUUAAGUGACGUUUGCACAUCGACGUCGACCUUGCGCCAACCACUGUGCUCUGGAAUAUCAGUGUUCAAUAUUAUCAUCAGUUUCAAUGCUGCUUUUCCCAUCUAUUUUUAUAGCCUAACUCUUCGUAAACUCGAGCCUGAGAAAAGAGCCGACAUUUUGCGACGCAGUGACUGGUUUCCCCGCGAAAUGACGUCUGAGGAAUGAGUGCAGAAAUUCUAUACAGUCAAACCUCUUCAAUACGGGCACCAAAGGGACAGAACCAAGUGUCCGGUUUACAGAGGUGUCCGUAUUAUAGAGGUAAGGAAUGUAUGAUUUUUGGCAUUUCUGGGACCAAACGAACUGUCCGUAAUGGAGAGGUGUCCGUAAGGAGAGGUUAGACUGUACUGAUGACGUAUCACUACCCAGAUCUGGGUAUUAUGCUUAUUAUGCUUCUGAUUGUUCGUGGCGCGAGAGAAAUUUGCUUCAACCAAUCAGAAGAACUACUCAGACCUGGCUAGUGACACGUGAUCAGUAUGGGGUUCUUGCAAUCGUUUCGGAUCAAUUUAGAUUUCUGAGAAACUGCCCACCUACCCCUCCCCUAAGUCAACAACAACACGUACUUCUCACUUAGGGCAAAUGUUGGAUUAGGGGAGGGGUAGGUGGGCAGUUUCUCAGACGUCAUUUCGCGGGGAAUCAGUUGUGGCGUCGCGAAAUGUGGGCUGUUUUCUCAGGCUACGUAAACGUUCUUUCCACAUGAAACGUCCCCUAACUUCAUUUAGACAAAUCAAUUUUUUUACAUGGUGAACUUACAGCUGCUGAUGAUUUUUAGGUGCAGUUUCUGGUUCAGUUACCCCUGUUAGCACUGGUGUAUUUCAAUCCAUGACAGCUGCAUUAGGUAAGCCUUCAUGUUCUAGCCCCCGAGACCUAUUUUGGGUGUUGCGUGACAAACUCAGGCAUUGCUGUUUUGUCCCACAACAUCUGAUUUGAGUGCUGAGUGUCAGCAAUUACAUACAAAGGUUUGUUGUUGCGUGACUUGUAUCACCUGAGUUGUAUGAAAUGCUCCGUAACAGGGUUUGGCGUGAAGUGCUGAUGAUUUAGGGGAAAAACAUGUGAGAAAAAAGUAGCAAAACGCUGACUGGGCCUGGAACAGAUAAGAACGACUUAUAGCAAAACAUUCAAGUUUAGGGGUAAUUAAUGCGCAGCUCCUCUCUUAAACUUGAUAAACACCGCCCUAGCUAUCAUUCUUUCUGUUUGGAUUAUAACUUUUUUUUAUAAUCAAUGAUUAUUACUUAUAUGAAAGUGAUAACUGAUGAGACCGCUAAACACUACGUUAACACUAUUUGCUUUUUAGAUCCAGUCCCGAGUGCAGAGAGGAAAAUCCGCAAGGCACGCGCCGAAGAAUUCAUCCACAUUUUCGUACAUCAGAAGGCUAAGCUGAUUGAAUUUCUUGAGCACAUGGUGCAGGUAACUUUUCCUUCGCUUCUUCUUCCUUUUUAUUGUCCUACUUUUUCUCGUACUGAAAUGCGCGAGAAAGAGAACGGCAGAAGAUCCCUAGAAUGGAUUUAAUUGUGGACGUUUUCCUUGGUGGAGUAAAUAGAGAGAAUGUGUCAGGGACGUGACUGACAAAGCUAAAUAAUAUCCGCGAUGAAGACGCUGCCGCGGGCGCGGUUGUGCACGACUUGAUGAGCCGCCAGUCUGUGCUGAGAAGCGCAAGCGCACUUGUAGCCAUCGUGGAACAUGUGACGUUACAAUUAAAAAUCACGGAAUUGUUGAAUUCUACUUGGUAGAGUAGUAAAAAAUUAACGUUGCAGGAAGGAACGUUUCAGAAAGGCAUACUCAACUCCAAGUGAACAUUAUCCUGGAUGCCAGAGGGUCUUUUUUCGGAUCAAUUUAGGCUUCUGGGGAACUGCCCACCUACCCCUCCCCUAAGCCAGCCUUAUCACUUACUUGUCACUGAGGGCAAAAUGUUGGCUUAGGGGAGGGGUAGGUGGGCAGUUUCCCAGAAGCCUAAAUUGAUCCCUUAAUCCUUGUUAAAUAAUGGAUCGCACGGCGGAGCGCUGUAGCUUGGCGCGACGCACGAGGUAAGUUUGGGCAGCUUGGUUAUCCUGUGUCCGCGGUUUAUUUCAUCCUAGAUAUUUUGCGAACAUUUUGCGAACAAGCGAAAACAAAGAAAAGCAAAAAAAACAAAAACAAAAACUAUGAGACAUGCAGGCUUGUUCGAGAGGUGACUUCGUGUCAGCUUUAUGGUUGUAGAUCAGUGGCUAACUUCCUCAAUAUGCCUUAUAUCGUUAGGUGCAACCACACUCAUCCACCAACCUUGUGUACAAUACUCUUCUUGAACUGUACCUUAACGACGCAGCACGUCAGAAGGAUAUAGAGGUAACGUGACCUUUUGUCACACAAGUAUCAACUUAGUGUCACGUAAUAGAUGCCUAAGGUCUUUUGCAAAUUUUGUUAAUUAAGUUAAUGGCCACCAAAUCGUCUUAGAAUUGUACCAGGUGGUUUUUGUUUCAGGCUCAAGUUGAACAUGAACGCAAAGCCCUUGAUUUGCUGACAAAUUUGGAGGUGUGUUAAUAAAUAGUUAAGUACUUUAAAAAAAAAGCCGAGAACGAAAGUGCUAUUGGUGUACGUAGGCUCUGUAGGAAGCCAGAAAAUAUACUGAUAUAGAGAGAAGACAGCACACAGAAUAACCCAACGGAGCAGACAGCUGUUUCCUUCGAUUUGGAUUCAUCAGUCGCAGAUAGCUGGCAAAAACUGACUUCAAGUACAAUGAUGAAGGCUAUUUAAACUUGAAGAACCCAAAAAGUAUCACGUUAUUUCAGGUAACUCGGAAAGUCAAAAACAGUCUAAGUAGGAUGGACGCUCCUAAACUAGAUAGACAAGAUCAACCCCGCUGUUUUUUUUGCUUUUGUUUUUUUAAAGUAAAUAACAUCGAUUGUCGAGCGCAGGCGAUCCAAAUUUACGUUUCGUCCCUUCCAUUUAGGCACGCUACGAUAUCGACCACGCGCUUGUGUUGGCACAGAUGCACCACUUCAAAGCUGGAAUUUUAUAUCUGUACGAAAAAGCCAAACUGUGAGUAGUGGAUAGGUGUCCUGUGGCACUUGUUUGAUGUUAUCGUACUGCACUUGCCUUACAAUUUGUGUUCUUUAUAAAUAACAUUAAUUAUGUUUUGUGUUAAUGCAAACCCACCAAGAGCUUCCUUUUAAUGGUUGUACGUUUGUUUGUUUGUUUGUUUGUUUUUUUUUUCUCAAAAAAAAAAAACUACAGUUACCAACAAAUACUUCAUUACCACAUGGAACAGAACGAGUACGGUCACGUGAUCGACACGUGCAAGAAGUAUGGGUAAGUGCAUAACUUAGAAAACGGUUGGCAACUUUUUUCGGCUGGGUCAUUUAAUGAAUCCCAGUUAAUCUGUGUUUUUUAAAACUGUACUUGAUAUUAUAAAAUGGUGAAAAUUAUGCCCGCGCUAUGUUUAAGUUCAUUAUGUUGCGACAAGCCUGGCGCGGUCUUUAUCGAGAUGUUAUGUGCACAGUCUGUAUCGUGCGUGCGCAAGGUAAGGGAUACUCGAGCGAUACUCUUCAAAAUCUUUUUUACGGUGGCCCAGUGUUCAGCUCAGUUUGCCAAAAGAUAAUACUCGUAAAACACUCUCAAAAAUACGUGAUGUCAAGCCGGGGCUGCAAUGGUAACGGGCCGUCUUUUAGUUGGUUUUUUAGACCACCCUUAGUUGCCUUUAUCACAUAAUAAGGUUUCUCAGGCUUAUCACAACAAAUCCCCUAAAACACUUUUUCUUGUUCUAAAAUAAGACCACUGCUCUUACUCUCACAAUGCAAGGUACGAUGCGGGUAACUUUACCCUUAGAAUGUUUAUUUAACAAUUAAUGAAUGAGGCUGAGUAUCUUAUGAAGAAUUAUGGAGAUCGAGGAGGGUGUUAUCCGUCGAGGCCGUAGGCCGAGGCAGAUAACACCCUCCGAAAUCUCUAUAAUUCUUCAUAUGAUACCAAAGCUGAAUUCAAUAACUGUUUUAUUAUUCAUUCAAAAUAAUUCCUAGUUUAAAAACAUGGCUAAAACAUGCUUACCUCCAUCGAUCCAUCGAUCUUCAGUUCAUCUUCGAUAGUACACGUUUAGGUUUUUCCAGCUCCGCAAAUAUUGUCCAAAUAGCAGAUGUCGCUCUUCGAGUUGUCUUCUUGCUGUUCUUGCCAUGUUUUUAGUUAUUUUUUCGCCUAGUUCUUACUCUUGAAACGAGUGAAAUGUCCCCCCUUUUUCAAGUUCUUAACCAAAACAACUCAACCUCGUCCCAGGGUCUUCUUAGUUAAGUGCCUUAACCUGCACGAACGCUGCAUUUUUGACGUCAUUUCCUCAUUAAACACAAAAUUCUUCCAAAUUUGGUCAUUAGAAACUGGUUAUGGUGAAUUAUGCGUGUGCUUUUAGCCAAUCAGAAUCAGGGGAAUAUUUUGAAUGAAUAAUAAAAAAUAUUAAUGCCAUAUUGCCUUUUUUAACAGCACUUUAGACACAAGUUUGUGGGUGCAGGCUCUCUCAUAUUUUGCCCGGCGGGAAACAGAUUGCAAGUCUCAGAUAAUGGAGGUGUUAUCUCAUAUCCUUUUAUAACGCUCCUUUAGUCACGCGUUCUUUAACUGAACUAGGCGAUGUAUAAAAGUUGGUAAUAGACGUGAUCAUUCCGAACUAAGUGCGUCUCUUAAUAUCCCACGUAGCAGACCGGCGGUUGAUUUGGGGAGCGCGCGAAAAGGAGCUGGGGAGCCGCGAGAAAAUUAGAAACGACGAUUAACAACGACGAUUUUUAACGCAACACAGCGUUGCAAUGUUGUAACUAUUCGAAACAAUGUCGCAACAAUGUUGCAACGCUGUGUUGCGCUAAAAAUCGUCGUCGCGAAUCAUCUCGUGUAACAUCACCUUUAUUAAGGCAAUCACAACUGUGUGAAAAUAUUCACUGCGCCCAAAAAGAACUCCUUACAGGUGCAUUUAGCUGUGCCAGGUGCAGUAAAUCGCUUUUGAACGAACCAACGCUGAGUUUGGUUUCACUCCUAAGAGCUCAAGAAAGUGGCUCCAAAUUUUAUGGCCAAUCGUAAAGCACUGUAAUUUGAUUUCGCUUCACUCCAGUGACUUAUAGGUGAAGGCAAUCUACGUAGUUACUUAGGUCAGUCAACAAAAAAUAUCCGAGCAUUUCUUUUGAUUUUAAAGUAAUUGUCUUUGCUUUUGGCAAUAUCAAGAAUAUCUCACUUAUAUUUUGGCAUGAAGGUCCCUAUAGUUUAAACGAAAAAGAACCAACCGGUGGAAUACAAGCGAUAUUUCCUUAACGACAAGUCAAACAUCGAUCGUGGAAAUCUUAUGUCGCCACUACUUGUGCUUCAAAAUCUAGCUCACAACUCUACAGCGACGUUAGCUGUUGUCAAGGUAUCAAACGCUUAUUUUUUGUCACCAAUGCUGCUUUUUUUUUUUGACAGAGAUUUGUUUUCUUUUGUACCAGUCAGUUUGUGAAGACAGCAUUUUCUAUUUUUAGGAUUACAUUAUUCAUCGUUUGCAACUAGAAGAUGAGAUUAUCGCCAGUGUAAGUAAACAUUUAGUGUUUUUUACCUGA